UUCGACAGUGAUUUACGGAUAGCUUGAAAAUAAGCAGAGUGUGGAAAAAGUAAAGACACAUUCUUGACAGAUUUUUCUAUCAGAGAUCUGACAUGAACGCUGAGAGAACUUGUGUUAUCAUCGUCCUUUUUUCAAUGUGUCUAACCUUGGAGACACAAGCGCAAAAGAAUGGGUUCAGAGGAGGAUCGAAGUCAUACGAAAUUCACGUUGAGGCAAACACAAUGGGAACAAAUCUACAUUAUAAAUUGCCCGAGUCCAAGGUGAAGGCUGCUUCUAAAGAAGACUGGCAGGUGGAUAAUGAUAACGCUGAAAUGCUGGCCAUGAACAGCCCUGUUUUGGCUACAGUCAAUGUAAAACAUCCCAAGUUUAGUAUGAAAGGACAGUGGCCUGAGUAUAAGACAAGCUUCAAGCUGCCCAAAGAUGUAAGUGUGGCUUCGAAACGAGCGGACUUUUCGAAGCUUUUUAAAAGCAAAACGAAAGUACGAGAAACUGAUCCUGAUCAAAGUGACGAGGACUCUUCCAGGAAUGCAAAAGCCUCGAGAAAUCAUCGAGGUGAGAAACAACCUACGGGUUCUGGGAUAAGGUUAAAUAAUCUUGCAGGACAGUUGUUUUCUGGGAGAAAAGCAGGGAAGAAAAGGCCGCACAACAAAAGGCUGGACAUGUCACAAAUUACAAGGCUUCUCCUUCCAAUCGCAGGAAUGAAGAAUGUUAACCUUAGCAACCCUCGCGUUAGCAGUGCCAUGAAAGGGGUUAUCAAGCACGCCCGGAAAGUGGUAGAUGAGGCAAAAGCGGUGCUCAACGACGCCGCAAACUUUGUAACAAAGGUCCGAAAGCUUGUGAAAGUCACUAAAGAUCACUCAAAAAUACACAAGCAGCUCCACAGAGUUAUUGCCAUGGAAACGUCUUCUAAAAAGCAAAAUGAAGACAACCUUAACUCUGUGACUCCUAAUGUGGAGACCUCCUCUUUGUCAUCUAAGGAUCAAGGAACUGAAAGAGCGCGACUCAAAGUAGUGGAGGACGCCAACGGCAGACAAAAUGAGUUGAACCACAAAGAGUCAAGUAUGCAAAGAACUGUUGAUGGGCAAAAGCACAAUCAAAAAGAGAGAACACCAGCCAGAGAAAAUAAAGCAAGAAUUGGAACGAGUACCAAAGGUUUUGAGAAACGAUCAUCCUCAGAUUUUAUGAAAACAGCCGACCAAACAAAACUUGAAAGGAAAUCUCGCGUGCGUCGGAGAGGGCUGGCUGAGACACUGGAAAGCAUCUUGUCAACAAUUAACGACCUUCAAGGUCUUUCAGAACAUUAGUAAUGGCAGUUUUUCUUAUUUAAAGCCUAAAAUAUACGAAGGUGUUCUGUCUUCACUUUCCUCCGGAUAGCUAGUUGUGCUUCGACGGUGUGCACAUUGUGCUCCUCCAUUGUCCUCUCCCACCGCACACUUUCAAGGUUUGAAGCACUGCCAUCGUGUAAAUUUUCAGUAAUACCCUCCGCUAUGCUUGAAAAGGGCUCUUGAUUAAACUUACGAAAAUUAAGUUACACAAACUCUUCAUUAUAUUCUUUCUGUUCUGGUAAACAGAUACAAGAUCUGGAGGUAUCUAAAUAAAAUAUUUACAUUAGUUACUGUAAAGGAGACUGAAAACAAACAACAGCGUUUUUAGCAGGGAAUAACCUAAGAUGCACUACCAUUUGGUAAAGACAUACACAAAUUGUAAGAUUUUUGAAGGUUGGUAAAUUUACAACAACACUUAAAAAAAAACCAGUUUUGGGCUUUUAUCAUUGGUUAUUGAUAGUUCAGGUGCCCCAUGAUACUUCAUAAAAUGUAUGUAAACAAGUAAUGAAGGGAAAGAAAAACUUUGCACAAACAGUAAAACAGUUUUUCAAUAAAAAGUUGUAUCUAUAUAACGUUUGAAAAAAAAACAGAAAACAAAAAGACAUCCGAAACAAUAACCAACAAUAUAAUACUGCAUUGACUGUAUGUUCAGUACAAGUCUACUUUUAAUGAGAUCAAUCUGGAUCAGGGUGUUUGACACCCUUUUUAUUAACAGCACCCCUCGAUGAGCUGCCUACAAACACUAGACUGGCAGUUAACUAAAUACAAAUUAGUUUUAAUCAAGCCUUGACCAGUGCCAAGUAUGCGAAAAAUAAUUGAAGUAUUUAGACUUUAUAGUAGUGGACUAGGAGCAGUCCCACCUUAUCAUUUAAGUCUGUUGAGCAAGUUAAAAAAUUCAGGGAAUGAAAAUUUCAAAUAUAUGCUAGCGCAUUAUGCAGAACUCUAGGAGUGAGGUGCCUCACUCUUUGUGCACCUCACUCUCAGGGUUCCAUCUAGCACCCUAACAUCAAUUUAUUUUUUCAUUGAUUUAUUUCGACUUGCGUGACUGACUUUGUUGAAAACAGGGACAGCUUGUAGUCCAUUCUAGUAGGGAUAUACUGUUAAGAGUUACUAUAAAAAUAUCAUAUCAGUAGCUAACAAACAGUCCAAUAGCCAGUAAGCCAGUGCUAUGAUGAAGAAUAAUAGACAAAACAUGUAUUAAAAAGGUUCACUUCGUUAUCUUACUGCUAUGCAAUGAAUAGGUGAUGCAGCAAAACAGAGAUAGGUGAACUGAUAAGUUUUGCCUGGUGCCCAAAGGUGUCUUGCAAACACUUUCCCUCUUUUUGCUUUAAUGUAUGCCUGUAGAACUAACUUAGUGGCUAUUUUAGAGCUUGCAAAUCAGACUAUAUGACCAUCAAUAUGAAUCAAGGAUCUAUUAUGGACAUUUUGAUUACUAUUGCGCCUAAUAGUAUUUGAAUUAAAUGAUUAUGUUCAACUUUUAAAUGUUUUACUACAGUUUCUAGAUUAUCUAAAAAACUAAAAGAUGAAAUUAUUGCGACUAAUUGAAUAACUGUGUUUUUAAAGGCUACAUUAAUUUGAAUGUCUUUCUUUUUUCUUUGCACCCCUUCUUCAGGAUGACAUGAAAUCCUUCCCAGCCUAUGGUGACAUUCCAAAGGAAAUGGCAAGAAAAGGAGGCAAAAUAAAUCAAGGAUUGUGUUGUUUAUGCUUUAAUUAGUGCUAAUUUCUUUGCCAUGUUUGUAACCAAAAGGAUACAAAACUAAAACUGAUUGGGAACUGGUCACUAACAUUUUCCUGGACUUAAAGCUGCCAAUGUAUUUUCUUAUAGUAGUCAAAUACACCUUAGGCUGCAAAAAUUUCUUUGUGUGGUGAUUAAGAAAACUUUACACAGUUCAAUAACUCAAAGCAUA